GCUUGUCAAGUACUAACCAAUCCGUGAGCGUUUUUGAAAUUUUAUCCAAUCAACUAGCCGUACGUCUUGUAAUGUAGUCCGAGCUAAACAUUGCCAUGAGGGUAGCAGAGGUCUGGUUGCAUGAUCUGUGUGCACAAUAUUUUUAAAAAUCGAUUUAGGUAAAACAAACAAUGAGUUUAUUACCUCGAACUGCCGAGGAGUUCAGCUCAGCUGAGUAUUGGGAGAGAUUUUUUAAGAAACGCGGAGAGAAGUCAUUCGAGUGGUACGGAGACUACAACAAACUAUGCGGCGUGCUGCACAAGUACAUCAAAAUGCAAGACAAGGUGCUGGUGGUGGGCUGCGGAAACUCUGAGUUGAGCGAGCAGCUUCACGACGUGGGCUACAAGCACCUGACCAACAUUGACAUCAGUGAGACUGUGGUGUCGCACAUGAACCAGCGCAAUGCCGAGCGGCGGCCUGACCUCAAGUUCCAGCAAGUGGACGCAACCCAGAUGCCGUACCAGGAUGCUUGCUACCAGGCCGCUCUGGACAAAGGCACCCUGGAUGCAAUGGCGUCAGAGGAAGGAGGAGAUCUGGCGAGGAAUAUGCUCACUGAGGUGGGCCGUGUACUCAGCGUAGGCGGAAGGUACGUGUGUAUCACACUGGCUCAGGAGAGUGUGAUCCGCCUGGCCGUGGAGCACUUUGUUCAGCUGGGCUGGGCUGUAAGGCUUCACUGCCUGCAGGAAGAAACCAGCGCCGAGGAGGACGAAGACUCAUUUGCUCUCCCCGUUUUCGUCCUGGUCUGCACAAAAUUCCGCCAGCCCAUGCCAACGCCCAUUCUGGAGUUUUGCCUUGGUGAAGAUGGCGCCCUGAACCGUCUGGCGCUGGCGGCCGACUUGCUGGCGGCCGUGCGAGAACGGCAGGCCUAUUCUGUCCUAAGGAAGAGGUUGCGAACCCGCACGGAUGCCGACGCCGACUCGUCGCUGACACUUUGCCACGCAAAGACCGGCCUGCCCAGAUACACUCUCACGGUACAGGAUUCACCGCCAACCGCCAAGGUGCCAAGGUUCAACCGGUUUGCCAUAUUCAUUGUGCCCCAAGGCAGUGAGACAGCAUGGCUCUACAGCUCCAGCGAGGGCCGGCGGCAACUGGCAGCCAGCGCCAACUUCCGCCGCCUGGUUAUCGUGGCCAUGCACAGGAAUCAAGAGUAUGCCGACAUGCAGGCCGUCCAGUCGGAACUCUCGCCCAUGGUGAUGGACCUGGCCCCACCGGGAAUGCCAGACAAUCAGCAGGUUCCGUUUCUGUCAGUGGGUGGCGACCUGGGUUGGCGAGAGGAGGUCAGCAGGGGUGUGAGCGAGCACAGCGGUGAAUUCUGUGUGGAGAACGUCAGAGGGGAGGACGGCGAGCUGUACCGCAGAUUGGUGUUCCUGUCCAACGCGGCUCUGGUGCAGUCCGAGAGUCGUCUCGUCUCCGCCAAUAGCACAUCAAGUCAUAAGAAGAAGAAUAAAAAGAAAAUCAAACAGCCGCCAUCGUCCUCCCUGUCGGUGCACAGCGGCUUCCUCUGCUGUGCCCACCCCGCAAAAAAUUUGUCUGUUUGUGCUCUCUUGACUUGUCUUAUGGGCACCCCUUAACCCUUUCUCUCCCCUCCUUAAGAUGCCAUGGUGUCAGUGCUGGUGAUUGGACUCGGUGGAGGAGGCCUGCCCCAGUUUCUGCGAGACUUUGUACCCGGUGUGUCUGUGGAGGUGGUGGAGCUGGAUCCCGUGGUGCUGGAGGUGGCCAAAGAGUGGUUCCACUUUCGACCCGACGAUCACCUGACCGUUACGCUUGGGGAUGGCCUUGAACGUAUCUGCACCCUGGAGAAAGACGGUGGUCGUUUAUUUGACGCCAUCAUGUUCGAUGUGGACAAUAAGGACAGCACAUUGGGUAUGAGCUGUCCACCUGCCGCAUUUGUCGAAAGCUCCAUCCUGCACAAAGUCAGCAGCCUCCUCACCCCUAGAGGCAUUUUUAUACUCAACCUGGUGUGCCGCGACUCCGCCUUGAGGAAAGACGUGCUGGAGCGUGUGAGUGGCGUGUUCCCUGCCAUCCUCUCGCGAAAGAUCGACGGGGAAGUGAAUGAGGUGCUCCUCUGUCGCCGCCAAGGCGAAGGCAUCGGCGUCCUACCGUCGCUGAAGCAAGCGGGUCACGAUCUGCAGAGAGCCCUGCACUCUGGCGUGACCCGCAGCCCGAAAAUAGACAUUGCUGAGUUGUUGAAAGACAUGAAAGUGGUGUGAGGGUGACUGGGACUCAAAGCAGAGUCGGUGAAUCCACAGUGACAAAACGCUAAUGCCAAAUAAUAAGAAACAUUUAGUUUUCAUAAAUAUUGUGCGGUGAGGACUAAAAUGGCCUCGGAUGUCACUUUUUUCACAUUUCAUUAUGCUAGUGCCUUUUUCCAAAAAGGAAUACUUUCAUUUUUUUUCUUCUUAAAAUUCUAGAUGCAAUACCGCAUAAGGAGAACAUGACGAAGUUUAACACUUACAAAUUUAUUUAGAUGUAUAGAUAAAAAAAAAAAAAGCUAAUAAUUCACGCCCAUAACUAUUCACUGCCAAUGCUCAGUCCUAUAUUUGGCAGCAAUAGCUGCCUCCUGACAAGUUUUCAAAGUUGUUAAAAAUAAAGACAAAAAGAAGAAACCACAUUUAAUGAAUCUGGAAAGUAUUUGCAGCAAUUUUAGUUUUGUAGUUUUUAUUCCAAACGGAAUAAAUUAUACAUUGUAAAGGCAAGACUCAUAUUAAAUUUU